AUAUGCAGUAAUAUAAGAUUCGUAUUUUGUGUAUGUGAAUGUACACGUUACUUAUUAGAGUUUGAUGCUCUCUACUUAUGAUUGGAAUUUUUGGAUCAUGUUUUGGAUUUUAUUUUGAUUUUUUUGGUCAGCUUUUCGAUUUUCGUUUGCACCUGCAGUAAUGAAUGCCUCACUUGGGUAAUUCCGUUGGAGAAUUCGUGGGUGGGGGAAUCAAAAUUGGGGCAGUUAAUAGAUGUAAAAACUAGGUUCAGGUCCUUUUUUGAGCCAAAUUCAUAUGUUUCGAUAACUAAAUAAUAGAAUGAUUCAUUGGUUAUUUGUAAUUUUGCAACUGACCCUUUUUCCCUGGUAGUAUUAAUAUGCCUAUCACGAUUCUAAUGCGCUUUGGUGCUCUAAUUUCAGUUCUGCAGAAGAAAGCAGAGAGGUUUGAACUGAAGAAGUUGCAGGUUCUUAAAUUAACUAAGGAUGGAAUAUCGUCUCUUGAGCCACUUUUUCAAGAUGUUUAUGCCAGUUGUCGCCCAAAACCACUUGAUUAUCAAGUUCGAAGAGAUUUAAUUCGCGUCUUUAACGAUAUAGCAAAGGAAAUUUAUGGCAACUCUAAAGAAAAUCCUGUUGUGGUGGAAUUUGGUUCUUUUGUCAUGGAUCUCUUCAGCAUCAGCAGCGAUCUAGAUCUCUCCGUGAAUUUUAGCACUACUGCAGUUGAUUUUCCACGUGAGAAGAAGAUUCAGACACUCAGAAAAUUUGCCAAAAAGCUAUAUGCUAUGCAGAGUAAAGGGCAUGUUACUGGAGUUCUUCCAAUCACGACAGCUAAGGUCCCUAUUCUGAAAUGUAUUGAUCGGGGAACUGGAGUCGAAUGUGAUAUAUCAGUUGAAAAUAGAGAUGGGAUUUUGAAAUCCCAGAUUAUUUACAUCAUCUCAUCCAUUGAUGACAGGUUUCACAAGCUAAGCUUCUUGAUGAAAACUUGGGCAAAAGCACAUAACAUUAACAGUUCAAAAGAUAAAACAUUGAAUUCACUCUCGAUAAUACUACUGGUAGCUUUUCAUUUGCAGACUCGGAAUCCUCCUAUUCUUCCUACAUUUUCUGCCAUUUUUAAAGACGGUACUGAUCCUGCAACGGUGGUGAAAUCACUGUGUAAUUUUGUAAAUUAUGGGAAACCAAACAGGGAAUCUUUGGCUGAGCUAUUCGCCUCUCUACUGAUUAAGUUAUCUUCUGUUGAAAAACUUUGGGCAAAAGGCAUUUGUGCAAGCGCAUACAAGGGAUGUUGGACAUCAAAGACCUGGGAUUCUAAAGUUGCAAAUAUCAGUGUGGAGGAUUUUACCGAUCAGUCUCAAAAUGUAGCACGAGCUGUGGGACAAGCAGAAGUGAAAAAGAUUUAUAAAUGUAUUGACAUAUCUAUCAAGUAUAUUAUGGGGUUUAUUGAUGGGCAGAUUGGAGUUGAAGUGAAGGAACUUUUGUUUGGUCAAGGUCAAGAUGGGAUUAUUCCGACAGGUAGUUCAAAGUUGCACAGAAUUGCAGGAUUGCCUUAUGAAGCAAACCAGGCAACGAGAAAAGUAAAUGGAAAAAGACGGAGAGAAGCUGAGUUUUCGUUAAUUAAAAAAAUCUCAGUAGAGAAAGCUGCUGCUUCAGCAAAAAAGCCUAAAGAAAGUUGGGGAGAAGCCGCACAUGUGAGAAAUCAACAUGUGUUUUCUGGGGGUUGGGAAGGAACUCAGCGACCUGCUACAGGAGGUUGGGGAGCUACUGCUGCCGUAGGCUCCUCCUGGGAAGCAACCCAACGACCUGCUGCAGGAGGUUGGGGGUCAACUCCGCAUCAAGCCGCUGCUGGAGGUUGGGGAUCAUCUCUGCAUCAACCCGCUUCAAGAGGUUGGGGAUCAACUCCGCAUCAACCCGCUGCGGGAGGUUGGGGAUCAUCUCCGCAUCCCGCUUCAAAAGGUUGGGGAUCAACUCCGCAUCAACCCGCUGCGGGAGGUUGGGGAUCAUCUCCGCAUCCCGCUUCAAAAGGUUGGAGAGCAAGUCAGCAACCUGCUGCAGGAGGUUGGGGAGGAAGCCACCGACCUGGAGGUUGGGGUGAAUCCCAACGACCUGCUGCUGGAGGUUGGGGUGAAUCCCAACGACCUGCUGCUGGAGGUUGGGGUGAAUCCAAGCGACCUGCUGCUGGAGGUUGGGGUGAAUCCCAGCGACCUGCUGCUGGAGGUUGGGGUGAAUCUCAGCAACCUGCUGGUGGAGGUUGGGGUGGAAUUCAGCCACCUGCUGGUGGAGGUUGGGGUGGAUCUCAGCGACCCGCUGAUGGAGGUUGGGGUGGAAUGCAGCCACCUGCUGCAAAAGGUUGGGGAGGAAGCCAGCGACCUGCUGCUGGAGGAGGUUGGGGAGGAAUCCAGCAGCAACCUGCUGCCGGAGGAGGUUGGGGCGGGACUCCUAAUAAUAAUACUAGUGUCUGGUAAACAGAGCACCACACAAAUUGUUUUUGAACAGUAUAUGAUAAUGGCUCGAAUUAUGUGAAUACUGGGGUUUAGCUUAGGCAAUAACAUGAUUAGGGUUUGCUCAAGUUUUUGUCUAUAAGGUUCAACCUUUUAGUUUCUAGGCCUCAUGUUUAUUGUAGUAACUGUUUGUGCACUAAAAACACAGAUCUUCCCAUUGUACAUUGGACAUUCACAAAAGCAGUUGUCUUUUGUUUGCUU